UUUUCGUGUCCUACUUCGUGAUAUGUGACGUCUGGAAGGCCCAUUUUGUUAAUCUUCAACAUACUUCAUUGAGGUUAUAACGUGUAUUUUAAUCAACCUAGCUGUUCGAUAAGAGGGUGUCGCAUGACCAAAAAAAUUUCCACAGUGAUCGGUUUAAAUCUAUCGUUUCAUCAUAUUCCAAAAAGAGACAACGUACUUCCGUAUUGGGUCUCCAAAUGUAAACCUAACGUAAAUUUAAAAACCGACGUGGUUUGUUCUCUCCAUUUUAAACCGGAAGAUUUUGAACGUGAUUUAAAAUCGGAGCUUUUAAAUUUAAAACCAAAAGUGUUUUUAAAACCAACGGCUGUGCCGACAGUAAAAGUAGAAACUUCUGAAGAAGAAAAUAAAAAUUCUAACCCAUCUAACGAGUUUUUAAUAAUCCAAAUACCACAAAAUGUAAUUAAAGUGCAAACGAAAAAUGUUGCUUGUCAAGCAGGAAUAGAUAGAAAACUAACAGAAGAACAAAUAAAUUAUCUGCGAGGACUUGAAAAAAAGAUUUGCCACCUUGUGUUGGAGAAUAAUGAUUUAGGGAGGAAACUAAAAAAGAAAGAAUUGUUAACAACAAAAUUAAGGCGUCAAGUAAAAACUUUAUCAGCAUCAACCACCUACUUAAAAAGAAAACAAUUUAGAGCAUCCAAAAGUUACAUGAAUGAAUUGAUACAUGAAAAAUUAACAAAAAUAUUCCCUAAAGGAAAAUCUAACAGAAUAAUAAGACAAAUUAAUUGGACUGAAAAAGAUUUUAUUAUAAACAAAUCCCCAAGAAUACCACCACCAUCUGAAAAAGAUAAUUUAACACAUCAAGAACAAGAUUUUCUAACUCACAGAGAAUAUAUUACUACAUUAUCAAGAGAAGAUCGUGCUGAAUAUUUAGCUGCAUGGAUAAUUGAUAAAGUAAAAUCAAGUGGAAAAAUUAAAGGAAAUGAAACUGAUCAUACUUAUGCUAUAAAUGCUGUAGAUGAGGUUGAAGAGGAAGUUGAAAGCCCUGAAAUUGGAAAUUCUAUCCUUUUAAAUCUUCUGACAUCUUCAGACGGUUGUAAACAAAGUACUGAUGGUAAAAGUAAAACAGAUGAAAGGUGUAUUAAAAAUAGAACAUUAUAAAGUAAUAAAAUGUG